AAAUCAUUAAAAAUUAACAAUAAUAAAAAAAUAAAAACAAGUGCAAACGUGUGAAAAAAAUAAAGUUGAAAAAUGCAAACGUGUAAAAGAAGAAAAGCCGGAGGCGAUACGGCCACGAUCUUGUGGCGGAGACUGUGCCUGGCCAGUCUCUUGGGAUUAUUGCUGCUUGGCAUUCAAAUUGAGCAUGCGGCGUCUGCGCCUGCAGGCGAGGAUGAUGCAGCAGCAGCAACAACCACAACGACCAUGCCACCACCCUAUGGAUGCCACAACAAUCUCCAACACAGCAGAAACAACAAUUGGUGUAGAACAAAGCAGCAUUGGCAGCACCAGCACCAGUACCAGUCCCAGUCCCAGCAGUACCACUGAGGAAACGGAUAGUUCAACGACUUCAAGCACUACAGAAACGUCCAACAAAUUGAAUGCGGCCGAAGCUGAGAUGACCACAACAUUGCCACCAACUACCAGCAACAGCAGCGUUCUGCCCACAGCUGCUGUGGAUACGAUGAGCAGUUCCUCUGUGAGUUCCACGAGCAUUGAGCCCAUCACUUCGACUGAGCCCACAACAACGCCGCGACAGGAGAGCGAAGGACCCGAACAGCAUUUGAUCUUCUCGCACACGGAGGGCGAUCAGACCCACAUCCAGCACAUACCCCUGAGGGAUGAGCAUGCGGAGAACAGUGGAGCUGAUGCCACAACCGAGGCACUGAAGGAUCCUCGCGAAGAUCAGCUGCUGAAUCAAAUAUCCAAUGAGAAUGAUGAUGUGGUCAAGGAUCUGAAUAAUUUCCGACAUCCGGCGACACUGAUCACGGCCAGCAACAGCAACAGCGAGGAGAGCAGUGACUCCUCAGCGAAUGCCAGUGAAAAUGAAAGUGAAAAGACAGAUGCAACAACAACAACCAGUACGACAACAACCAGUACGCCGAUAACGACAACAACGACAGAGGCAACAGUGCAACAGAAUGAGCGCGAAGAGGAUCCCUAUCAUGUGCAUAUACUGUCCGAGAAUCAUGAUCGCCUGGCCGAACACGAAGAUUAUCAAAUGCUUUCGACCAGCACCGAGGAGUCCUCGUCCUCGUCAUCGUCAUCAUCAUCGUCAGAGCCAGCUACAACCACUACAACCACAGAGAGCAGCUCUGAUGCUGGUAUUAUUGUCAGUGUGGAGAACAAGGCUACGGCCGAGCCAGCCACAUCCACCGAGGGUACGACGAGUACAAGCACAACCACAUCGCGAGCACGCGCCAUGCAUAUGAAUGAGGAGACAGAAAUCGAUGCGGCGGCUGCCACCACAAUCAUGCCCCCGCCAGACAACGAAUCGUCGUCGGGUGCAGUGAUUAACAUUGUUGAAGGACAACACAUGAAGCCGGAGGAGGAGUCGAGAGAACAGCAGCAGCACAGCAGCACCAGUACAACCACCAGCACAACUCCAGCCACCACAACGACCGAAGAGCCAUCGCCAUUUGUUGCCUUUGCCGGCGAGGGACGAUCAGCGGGCGGUGCUGGCGAUGAUGAUGUGGAGGAGCUCUUCCUGCAUCGCAAUGCCACAACGCAUGAGCAGCUCAUGGAUCUCAGUGAUGUCAGCAUGGAUGAGGAACCCAAAGAGAGUAGCAGUAGCACCAGUAGCACCUCAUCUACGACCACAACAUCCACGACAACUGUGCAACCGGAAACGGAAAUGCCCAAAAUCGUAGAAAUCACCGCCAGCGGGGAUACAAUGCAGCGCGAAUGUUUGGCCAACAGCAAGACCUACAAGCAUGGCGACACCAUGGAAAGAGAAUGCGAUGAGCGUUGCACCUGCAAUCGCGGCGACUGGAUGUGUGAGCCGCGUUGCAAGGGCCUCAGCUAUCCCCGUGGCAGCCAGCGCAGCAUGGCCAAUCCCAACUGCAGGGAGCGUGUGGUGGAGGAGGAUGAAUGCUGUCGAAUGAUGGAAUGCAAUGAACCUUUGCUAGAGCCCACAUUGGCCAUAUCCGAGGGCGCAGCACCUGCAGUGGCAGCAGCAGCAGCCGGAGUGGAGGAGGAAGCCACAACCAUUUCCAGCAACGAUGAUGAAGCCACGCCCAAGCCGAAGAAUGAUUGCCAUUACAUGGGAGGCGUCUAUAAAUUCCGCGAACGUCUGGAGAUUGCCUGCGAUCAGAUCUGCCACUGUGCCGAGGGUGGAGUGAUGGACUGCCGUCCCCGCUGCCCGGAGCGGAAUCACACGCGUGCGGACAAGUGUGUGUAUGUGAAGGAUCCCAAGGAUGUGUGCUGCCAGCUGGAGCUGUGCGAUGUCACUCUGGACGACCAUGAGCAGCCACAGACGUCGCCACAGAACAGUGUGAAUGAGGAUUCGGAGGAGGAGCACCACCUGGAGCAUGUCUAUGGGCUGCAGGAGCAGGCGAGAGAUGCCGGAGGCGCCUCAUCUGGCUGCACCUUCAAGGGCUCCCAGUACGAGGUGGGCCAGCAGUUCCGCGAUGGCUGCGAGCAGUUGUGCAUCUGCAAUGAGCAGGGCAUACACUGUGCCAAGGUGGAGUGCCCCUCGAACUUUGGAUUGGAUGUCCAAGAUCCGCACUGCAUCCGCUGGGAGCCGGUGCCGGCAGACUUCAAGCCCAUUCCUCCGAGCUGCUGUCCGGAGAGCAUGCGCUGCGUGGACAAUGGCACUUGCACCUACAAAGGAUUGCAGUUUGAAAACUGGGCACCGAUUCCCGCGAAUCUGUCAGGUUGCGAUCAGCAUUGCUAUUGCGAGAAUGGGCGUGUGGAGUGCCGUCCGGCGUGUCCGCCUGUGUUGGCAUUGCCGCCCGCGGAUCUGCCCUGCCAUCCGGCACAGGCACGUCUCCUGCCCAUACCCGAUGACGAGUGCUGCAAGCAAUGGAGCUGUGCACCGUUGGUGCCCAAACUAGGUGCUGCCGGGCAGGAGGAGUCGCCCGAAGAAUCCUCCACACAAUCCACAGUCAUCUCCAAUGAAACCACAACGACAGCGACGACCACGACAAGUACAACAACCACUGGCAAAAUGCCGCCCCAGAAGAAACCCUCAUCGGCAGGUGCCUUCUAUCCCACAUUGGAUGGCAAGCCACCAAAGUCCACUGGAGGCGGUCUGGGCAUCUUUGAGAAGACAGAGAAGAGCCAUGAGAAGGGCCAUGAAAAAGGACACAAAAAGGUGCAACACCAACACCAACAGCAGCAGCAGCAACAGCAGCAACAAGAGGAGCAGGAGCAGCAGCAGCAUCAGCAACAGCAGCACCAGAACGAUGUCAUCUUCGAUGAUCGUGAGGGACACUUGCAGCAGAAUGGGGGCUUUCUGCCCUUCCAGUUCGGUCAACAGCAUCCGCACCAGCAGCACCUGGGACCCUUUGGCUUCUACAAUCCCGUGAAGCCUGUCUAUGAGGACUACAAUCCCUAUGAGCCGUACGACAUUAAUCCCAAUGGAACGCCCCAGGGCAAGCCGCCACCAGUGCCCACAAGUCAAUCGGAUUUGUUCAAUAUACUGGGAGCAGAGCAGCCAGGACAUCCAGGGCAUCCAAAUCAUAAUGGACAUCCCGCACAGACCCAAAAGGACAACCACAAUCUGCCCUCCCAAGUGAGAAUUGAACAGAUUCUGCAGCAUUUGCAGCAGACCGUGCCAGGAGGACCACCAUCGCAACAGCAGCAACAGAAUUCCCAACAGCAGCAGCAGCAGCAGAAUCCUGCACAUUAUGUGCCCAUUGUGCACAGUGGACUGCCGCCACCACCGCCAGCCCAUGGCAUUGCCAUUGUCGAUGGCCAGCCCGUGGCAUACGAGAGUUAUCCGGUGAUACCAGGCCUGGGAGUGCCGCCAACAGCAAUCCAUCAACAGAAGCAACAGCAGCAGGCCACAAUUCUGCCCAGUUCCAGCACCAUUUCAGGAUUGUCUACCCAAGCCAGUGAGCAUAGUCUGCACCAGAAUCAGGAGAAGCUAACGAAGCAGCAACAGCAGCAGCAGCAGCAGCAGCAGCCGCAAUCCAAUCCAGGCAAUAGCAAACUCCAGCCAGACAUUGAAGUUCAUACUUUGGAGGCUCUGGAUGCGCGCACCAUUCACAUUGUCUUCACUGUACCCGAGGUCUAUGUGAAUCUCCAUGGACGCAUUGAGUUGCGAUACACGAAUGGACCCAGCAAUGAUACCUCCACGUGGGAGCAACAGAUCUUUGCACCGCCAGAGGAUCUCCUGGCCACAUCGCAGAUGGAAUUCGAUUUGAACUAUCUGGAGCCCAACUCCCUGUACAAAGUGAAGAUCACAUUGAUCCUCAGGGAUCUCAACUCCCAGCCAUCGAGCACUGUGCAUGUGGUGAAGCUGCCAGCGGAGCGGACCAUCACACCACCUCCACCCUUCACCGACUACCGACCGGACUUCCAGGACAUCUUCAAGACCGUGGAGGAUGCCGAGUUGAAUGUCAGCGAAACGAAUGCCACGUGGCUGCAGUUGACAUGGAAGAAGCUCGGCGACGAGCAGAUGGAGUAUGUGGAUGGAGUGCAGCUGCGCUACAAGGAGCUCACGGGCAUGAUCUACUCCUCAUCCCCGCUGAUACACCGCACCCUCACCAGCUACACCAUCCAGAACCUGCAGCCGGACACGGGCUAUGAGAUUGGCCUUUACUACAUUCCCCUGGCUGGUCAUGGGGCAGAGCUGCGUGCCGGACACAUGAUCAAGGUGCGCACAGCGCCCAAGAUCGAUGUCUAUGGCUUUGAUGUGACCGUGAAUGUCACCAAGGUGAAGACCCAGAGCGUAGAGAUCUCCUGGAAUGGUGUUCCCUAUCCGGAGGAUAAAUUCGUCCACAUCUAUCGGGCCAUCUACCAGAGCGAUGCUGGCAAGGAGGACUCGAGCGUCUUCAAGGUGGCCAAGCGGGACAGCACCACAGGCACUCUCAUCAUGGACCUCAAACCGGGCACCAAGUACCGCCUCUGGCUGGAGAUGUAUCUGACGAAUGGCAAUACCAAGAAGAGCAACGUGGUUAACUUUAUCACGAAGCCAGGAGGACCAGCCACACCUGGCAAGACGGGAAAACUGCUUACAGCAGGCACAGAUCAGCCUGUGGGCGACUACUAUGGUCCCCUGGUUGUGGUCUCUGUGAUCGCAGCAUUGGCCAUUAUGUCCACGCUGGCCCUGCUCCUCAUCAUCACCCGAAGGCGAGUCCAUCAAACGGCAUCGAUUACACCACCACGCAAGAGCGAUGCUGCCUAUGAUAAUCCCUCAUACAAAGUGGAGAUCCAACAGGAGACUAUGAAUCUGUAACUCACGAAUCUGCCAAAAACAUUUAGUUUUAAACCAGAUUCUUGUAAAUAUUUAAAGAAAAAAACAAAAGGAAGGAUGAAAUAACUAAGGAAAAGUAAUGGAAAAACUCAAACUCAGUGUCAGUAAAAAAGAAAACGAUGGAAAGAUAAAGAGGAAAUAAUUUUCUUAAUCCGGCGCAAGAUCAGUAAAAAAAUUGUCCCAAAUGUGGAAUUCGGCCGCCAUGUUGUAUGUAGUGUUUAAGUAAUCUACACAAUUUUUUGUUAAACAAUUUGUGACUUGUGUAUAUAGAGAGAGAGUGAGACAAGCAAGAAGGAUAGACACCCAAUGGAAGAACUAAUUGAUCAAAAACUCCACACACAAAAAA